AUGGCAGAAGGAGGAUGGGUGCAGGGAGAGGAGGAGGAGGAGGAGGGGGAGGAGGAGGUUGUGGCCCGGGGCAGCGGGGUCUGUAAGUGGUUCAACGUGCGGAUGGGCUUCGGCUUCCUCUCCAUGAGCAGCAGGGACGGAGCUCCGCUGGAGGAGCCGCUCGACGUGUUCGUGCACCAGAGCAAACUGCACAUGGAGGGCUUCCGCAGCCUCCGAGAGGGCGAGCCCGUCGAGUUCACCUUCAAGAAAUCAUCCAAAGGUCUCGAGUCUUUGCUGGUCACUGGACCGAAUGGAGCUCCAUGUCUGGGCAGCGAGAGGCGACCGAAGAGCUCUCAGAAGAGACGCUCCAAGAGUGACAGAUGCUACAACUGUGGAGAACCUGGCCACCACGCCAAAGAGUGUCAGCUGCCCCCUCAGCCCAAAAAGUGCCAUUGCUGUCAGAGUGUUUCCCACAUGGUGGCCAACUGUCCCGUCAAAGCACAGCAGCAGCAGCAGCAGCUCCGUUUGUCUUCAGGCUCUCAGGGAACAGCUUCCUCACGGGGCGACGAGGAAGAGGAGCAAAGCCAGGCCACCUUCUCUGAAAACUGAGACGUUUCCACAGGAACGCCGCUCACAGAAGAGCUUCAUCAGGUCUUAUUUAUCGAGCCAGAAAAAAAGCAGCCGUCCCUUCUUUUAGGAUGUGCGCUUACGUCCGCAUUGGAAGCUUUUAUUUCACUUUAUAUUGUGUCUGUCUGCCUUGGAUAAGUGUCUUGGCUUGAAAAAGAAAACAAUCAGACUUACUGUAGAUUUAGCCAUAAAGUAGCUACAGAUAUCAAGUCGCUGUUGGGACUGAUCUGACCGGUCCUGUGCCUCUCUAAACUUUAUACACAUUUCAAAUACAUUUGUAAAAUCAACACUAACCCAAUUAAUACUUUUAUUAUAAAAUCUCAAAAUAUUAACACCUUUUCUCUC